AUGCACUCACUUUCCAAUAAUCGGAAUUCUAAAACUCUAAACUCUAUACCUCCUACUGAAUUAACAUGUAAUAAUGAUUCAUCAUCUCCAUCAUCAUCACCCAAUAAUAAUAAUAAUAAUAACACUGUUGAAUCAACAAUAACACCAACUCGACAACGUUGUCUACCACCUGUUCCUCCAAAUAAUGUACAAAAACAAUCAUCUCCCCAACCUCCUCCUCCUCCUUUUAAUCGACAAUCACCUCCCCAACCUCCUAAACGAACAACCUCAACAAUGGAACAUUCAUCAUCUAUUAUUUCUGAUAAUAAUAUGAAUUCUGAAUCAACCAUUUAUGCUAACAAAUCAACAACAAAUAAUUCACCUCCUCAUCAACAAUAUCAUCAUCAUCGUACCUUACCAAUAAUUCCAAUUCGAAAUUAUCAUGAAAAUGAUAUUACACCUUCAACUCUUAAUCCUACUGUUGUUACUACUUUUCAAAAUCAUUCCAAUAACCAUAAUCACUCUGUUCCUGCAUUGCCAAUUAAAAAAGAUCCAAUGCAAGCAUCAACAUGGAUAAAAGGAUUACAAAUGGUUUCUGAUGAUUCAAGAGGACUUUUAUCUGCAUCAACUCUUGCCAAAACAACCAAUGUAAAUAAUCAAUCAUCUAAAAUUGAGGAAGAAAAGAGAACAUCUUUUGGAAACAAGAAGACUGAAAUAUCAAGUGACAAUACCAGAUACUUGCCACCACCAUUGAAAAUCAAUAGAAUGGAAUCACCUAAUAAUGAUGUAAAUAAUGAAUUGGCUAAACAAUUACAAAAAUUGAAAAGAACACCAGCAACACCAACUACCAGCUCUACUUCGAAUGGUGGCAGUGGGUCUAAUUCUUCAAGUAGACAUUCUAGUAUUGAGAUACAAAGAGGAAGUGACCCAGAAACAAGUGCAGAGAAGAAACUAUUUGAAGUUGUGGUAGUAGUCAAACUGAAACAAACAGACAAAUUGGAACCUUUCAUAGAUUAUGAAUUUCCACCACAAAAUGUCAGAAGUACAAAAGACUUGAAACUUGUCAUGUCAAUUCCAUUAUUUUGUUUUCCUGAUAUUGAUACUGUUAAGGAGGGGACUUCAUUAUCAGGUGGUGAUAAGAAAACAUAUAGCUUUGUCUUGACAGAAAUAGAUGGUACUAGAAAGUAUGGAUACUGCAGAAGAAUGCUUCCAAAAGGUACUGGGAAACGAUUGCCAGAAACUUACUGCAUCAUUUCUUCACACUCAUGUUUUGGAUUAUUCUCUACAAUACUCGAUAAUAUUGAAACAAGAAAUGAAAUUAAUAAUGUGGCCUGUUUCACUUUCCUUAAAAGUGUACUAGCUAAUCCAUUUCCAUCACCAGGUACCUGCACCAUUGUCAAGACAGUAAAUCCCAAGACAGGUCAACAGGAAGAAGUUAAAUUAUCUAGACCUAUUCUUGCUGAUCCAAUGUUGGAAUACAUUAAUUUCAACAUAUUAUUCGAGAGUCUUUCUGCUGACAAUAUAAUUACCAUGUUUGCAUUUUUAUUAAUGGAAAGAAGAAUGGUCAUAUUUUCAAAUGACAUUUCAAAAUUAUCUGCAUUUUGUCAGGCAAUGAUUAGUAUAUUGUAUCCUUUUACAUGGCAACAUGUGUUCAUUCCAGUUUUACCUCAAUCAUUGGUUGACUAUGUUUGUAGUCCUGUCCCAUUUGUCAUUGGUGUCCUCAGUAAUCACAAACCAUAUAUUGAGGAGCUGAAGAAGGAUGGACAAGUAGAAGCAGAAGUGCUCUACAUUGAUAUCGAUUCUGGAAAGGUUUCAGAACCUUCUACCCUCAAGGAUCAAAAGAAGAUACUACCAAGCAAUAAGGACUUGAUUAAAAAGUUGACAGCUAUCGCCAAGGAAAUCAAAAACUCAAAGAAUUCAAAUCAAGUAGCAAUGGCAAAAGACACAUUUUUAAUGUUCUUUGUUAAAUUAUUUGGAGAUUACAAGGCAUUUAUCAAGCCGAAUGCUGAAUUUAAUACUGAAAAGAAGAAGAAUACACCCGAGUGGAUAUUCGAUACCAAAGUGUUCUUGGACUAUAAGAAGAAGAAUAACAAGAAAAAGUAUGAAAAGUUCUUUAUCAACUUUACUCAAUGCCAAAUGUUCGAACGAUGGUCUGCUGAAAUAGCAAACCAAAGUCAAAACAAAUCUGCCACUACUGCUUCACUAGAUAAGGAACUUGGUUUGUUUGAACAACUUUCAGCCAUAUCUCAACAACAAUUACUUUUGGACAAAAAGAAAUAA